UGAAGCCUGACUUUUUUCAAUAAAACAUUGUGUACUUCUGGGCCUCCUGCUGCCCGAGCUCUGUUUCCCCUGGCGCCAAGGGAAAAAGGCGGAACUGAACCCAGGCCCAGAGCCUGCUCCAGCUCCAAGGCUGUGCCCCUUUCCCCACAACCUCUGGCCAUAGUCAUUGGCUAGACUGACCCUCCCACUGGCCCCGGGGCCCCUCCCACCGCCACUCCAGAUAAGGCCAGCCCAAGACUGCUUCACUGGGCAGUAGGCACUAGGGCUGGAAUGGGGCUGCCCGGUUCCCCAUGGCAGUGGGUGCUGCUGCUGGGGCUGCUAUUCCCCCCUGCCGCCUCCUUCUGGCUCCUCAAUGUGCUGUUCCCCCCGCAAACCACGCCCAAGGCUGAGCUCAGUAACCACACACGGCCCAUCAUCCUCGUGCCUGGCUGCCUGGGGAACCAGCUGGAAGCCAAACUGGAUAAACCAGAUGUGGUGAACUGGAUGUGCUACCGCAAAACAGAGGACUUCUUCACCAUCUUUCUGGAUAUCACUAUGUUCCUACCCCUUGGAGUAGACUGCUGGAUCGAUAACACCAGGGUUGUCUACAACCGCAGCUCUGGGCGUGUGUCCAACGCCCCCGGUGUGCAGAUCCGUGUCCCUGGCUUUGGCAAGACCUACUCUGUUGAGUACCUGGACAAAAACAAGCUGGCAGGUUACAUGAACACCCUGGUGCAGAAUCUGGUCAACAAUGGCUACGUGCGGGAUGAGACAGUGCGGGCUGCCCCCUAUGACUGGCGCCUGGAGCCCAACCAGCAGGAGGAGUACCACCAGAAGCUCUCUGGGCUGGUGGAAGAGAUGUAUGCUACUUAUGGAAAGCCUGUCUUCCUCAUUGGGCACAGUCUUGGCUGCCUGCACCUGCUCUAUUUCUUGCUGCGCCAACCCCAGUCUUGGAAGGAUCGCUUCAUUGAUGGCUUCAUCUCUCUUGGGGCUCCCUGGGGUGGCUCCAUCAAGCCCAUGCUGGUCUUGGCCUCAGGUGACAACCAGGGCAUCCCGAUGAUGUCCAGCAUCAGGCUGAAGCAGAAGCAGCGCAUAACAACAACGUCCCCCUGGAUGUUUCCCGACUACCGGGUAUGGCCUGAGGACCAUGUGUUCAUUUCCACACCCAGCUUCAACUACACAGGCCGUGACUUCCAGCGCUUCUUUGAAGACCUAUACUUUGAAGACGGCUGGUACAUGUGGCUACAGUCACGUAGCCUGCUGGCAGGACUCCCAGCACCUGGUGUAGAAGUGUAUUGUCUGUAUGGCGUGGGUCUGCCCACGCCCCAUACCUACAUCUUUGACCAUGGCUUCCCCUACACAGACCCCGUGAGCAUGCUCCAUGAGGAUGGCGAUGACACUGUGGCCACACGCAGCAGUGAGCUCUGUGCCCAAUGGAAGGGCCUCCAGCCACAGCCUGUGCACCUGCUGCCUCUGAACGGGACAGACCACCUCAACAUGGUCUUCAGCAAUCAGACACUAGAGCACAUCAAUGACAUCCUGCUGGGUACCUACCGACAUAGCACCUCUGUACCCACAGCUGCUAGCCCAGGGACCCCGCCCCCUGAAUAAAGAUCAUCCUUUGCUGCUGUAA